ACAUCUUCAGUUUCUCUCUGCACCACGAAAGAAGAAACAGUCAUGAUGAAGCUCUUGGUGUUCAUGAUGUGUCUGUUGGUCACUACCUUGGCUGCUCCUGCUCCGGAGAGUGAAAGCAAUGAGGAAAAACAGGUUGCGGCGCAUGCUAAUGAGGCCCUGAGGUGGAUGGAGAUGUACAGGCUGUACCAGCAGCAGGGAAUAGUUGGAAACCCCUUUCUCCCUGCUGCUGAUGCCCCUGCUGAUCCAGCUGGGGCAGCAGUGGUGGAUGCUGCACCAGCCCAGCCAGCUGAUGUCCCCCCUCCAGCUCCCAUUGCUGUUGGAGAUGCAUCAGAGGAGGAGACAGAGGAUGGAAACCCUGCCCCCAACGCUGCAGCACCUGCCGCUCCUGCUGUCCCCCUAAACUCCGACGAGGUAGAGGAGGCCGAGGAGGUGGAGGCUGCCGAGGCUGAACCAGCUGUGGUUGAAGCAGCACCAGCAGAGCCAGCGGCAGACCCUGCAGCAGCUGUCGAGCCGGCGGUGGUUGACGCCCCUGUUGAUGCUGCACCAGUUGAUGCUGCUGCUGUGGAUGUGCCUCCUGUUGAUGUGGUUCCUGUUGACGUUGCCCCAGCAGCCCCUGAGGUGGCCGUUGAUGCGGCCGCCCCUGCCGCAGCCGAUGUCCCUGCUGCUGUUGAUGCUGGUGCUGCCCCACUGGCAGCUGAGAUUGACACGACUGGAGUGGCAGCAGAUCCUGCUGUGCUGUAGUUCCUCUUAAUACCUUUUUUUACAAGUGCUCCUCUGUUAGCAGUUAGAAUAAAUAGCUGGAAAACAGCAAUGGGGGAUGUAGAAGCAGCACAAAGGGAUGAAAAAGCUGUGGCAUAUUGAAUAGAGACUGAAUAUAUAAAGAAAAUAUGUGAAAAUAUGAAAAAUAAAUCUGUAAUGCUCUUUGUAAACCAAAACAAGUAAAGUUUUCAGUUCAGAAUU